AGUCUAUGGUCAAUAUUUGUGUCGAACAGAAAUACGUCGAAAGUUACGCCGGUGAACAAUUUAUUUCAAUUAGGUAUUAUGUGUAAGUUCGCUGGGCGAGCUGCCUUCUAUCGGUUUACGUAGAUAAAUCUUCGGGAAUCGUCUUCGCGUGAUCACGUCGUACAUAGUGUCGUGGAUAAAUAAUGCUUUGGGAUGAAACGUUAGUGACAUCUAGUCUCGCAACCUCGGUUAUGAUUACGAGAAAAAGUGUAUUUUGAAGAUAUUUCCGAUCGUUUUCACGAGGGAAACACCUGUGAGAUACUAGUGGACAGUGUCGUGUACAGUUUCGGAUAUAUUGGUCUCGGAUCGGUGCUAUGUCGGGCGGCAGGAGCAUCGACAAGGAGCGCAAGUCGCCCAGGGAGAGUGGCGAGGACUCGGAGGAUGAGAGUGAGAUCCUGGAGGAAAGUCCCUGCGGCCGCUGGCUCAAACGCCGAGAAGAGGUUGAGCAGCGCGACGUGCCGGGCAUCGACUGCGCGCACCUCGCCAUGGACACCGAGGAGGGAGUCGAGGUGGUGUGGAACGAAGUGCAGUUCUCCGAGAGGAAGAACUUCAAGGCGCAGGAGGACAAGAUCCAGACGGUGUUCGACAGCCUCACUCGCCUCGAACACCCCAACAUCGUCAAGUUCCACCGCUACUGGACCGACACGCACAACGAUAAGCCGAGGGUGAUCUUCAUAACGGAGUACAUGUCGUGUGGGUCGCUGAAGCAGUUCCUCAAGCGCACCAAGCGCAACGUCAAGCGGCUGCCGCUGCAGGCGUGGAAGCGCUGGUGCACGCAGAUCCUGUCGGCGCUCAGCUACCUCCACGAGUGCGUCCCCCCCAUCGUCCACGGCAACCUGACGUGCGACACCAUCUUCAUCCAACACAACGGCCUCGUCAAGAUCGGCUCCGUGGCGCCCGACGCCAUCCACCAUCACGUCAAGACGUGCCGGGAGAACAUGAAGAACAUGCAUCUUAUCGCGCCGGAGUAUGGAUCGUCACAAAUGGUGACACCAGCGAUGGACAUCUACUCGUUCGGCAUGUGCGCGCUGGAGACGGCGGCGCUGGAGAUCCAGGGAAACGGCGACUCCGGCAGCCACGUCACCGACGACCACAUCGCCCGGACCGUCGAGUCGCUGGAGGAGCCGCGACAGAAGGACUUCAUAUACAGAUGUAUCCACGCGGACCCGGCGCGGCGGCCGACGGCGCGCGAGCUGCUGUUCCACCCGCUGCUGUUCGAGGUGCACUCGCUCAAGCUGCUCGCCGCGCACACGCUCGUUAAUACUAAUGCGAACGUGUCGGAGACGAUCACGGACGAGGUGAUGGGCGCGAAUGGCGCGCUGGCGUGGUGCGUGCUCGGCGGACAGCGGGUGGAGCUGGCGGCGCGGGACCUCGCGCACGCCGAGAAGCUCGACAAGUUCGUCGAGGACGUGCGGUACGGCAUCUACCCGCUGACGGCGUACGGCGGGGGACGGCGCGCGGCGUCGCCCGAGCGACAGGCGUCGCCGCCGUCGCCGCCGCGAGAACGCGAGUGCCGUCGGGUUGUACACGUCAUGUGUAGUGUUAAGCCCGCCGCACCAGCCACAGCCGCAGAGCGCGAGCUGCUGCUGACGGUGCUGCUGCGGAUGGACGACAAGAUGAACCGGCAGCUGGUGUGCGCCGUGUCGCCGCGAGACGCCGCCGCCGACCUCGCCGCCGACCUGGUCCAGCUCGGCUUCAUACACGAGGGCGACCAGGACAAGGUGUGCCGGCUGAUGGAGGAGUCGCUGCGCGGCAGCUUCGGCGCGGCGGCCAGCUAGUGCGCGCCCCGACCGCGACAGGCAUUUAUCCUAUAUCUACAGUAGCGGGCCCGCUACGGAACCCUGCGGAACCCCAUAUGUAUAGCUUACUAUAUUUUUUUUAAACCGAGCGACGCGGCACGCGCGCACGCAACGAAUACGUACACGCGAGCGGACGUACACGUAACGGCGUACGUGCACGUGCGUGCGCGCGCGCCGCUCGAGCGGGCGCGAGGCGCCCUAGGUAAUUAGACAUAGAAGUGGUCUUAUGAAAGAGAUUUAACUACGUACCGGUAUUUUUGCAAUGUGAAUACUAUUCGAGUGUAACUUUGUUAGUAUAGACACUUUGUGAUUUGAUGAGUUGAGCUUUACGACGUUAGGGCGAGAGUCACGUAGACAAAUAUAUUCGUUCCGCCGACGGAACAUAGUGCUAGUCGAAAAUGAAUCUUACUCCGAGCGACCACGGCUCACGGGUGGGCCCAGCAAAAAGGUUGUCUAUAAAGAUUUUAAACUAAUUACGGAUCCUUGCUACAUUAAAUAUUGCUUAAGUCGUUAAGGUAAUUUUUUGCAACACUUAAUUUGUCACACAUAAAUAACGUUUUAAAGAGAGUCACCGAUGAAAUGAUUUCUUUAGUAUGUUUUUUCCAUAUUAACAUUCAGAUAAGCAGUUAAUCGUGUGCGCAAGAUAUGCGUAAUUAAUUUUCCAUAACUUCUAAUUAAGUUAAAAUAUUUCUUUAUUUAAAAAUAUAUCUGAAUAAGUGCUUUCCUUUAGUUUUUCCCAAGCCUAAAUGGAUUACACUUGUCCAUGAUUAUUUUUAUAGGGAAAUUCCAUUCCAUUCCAUUUUGCUGGGCAUUCUUACGGGCCCCUGGUUGAAAUUGUUGAAGUCACAUUAUCGUUUUAAGUUGUCGGAUGUGGUCGGUUCGGACUCGGAGGUCGCUUUAGUGUAGUGUUUGUAUGAAUGUGUAAAUGUAACGAAAUGAUAUUUAAAUAUAUUUAAUUAGAUAUAUGUAUAGCGAGGCUUCCUCUAGGUACGGAUAUGGUUAAGUAUACGCAGAUAUAAACAUACUCACUGUUACGUUUGUACGAGAAGCUAGAUAUAUCUAUACAUGCUCGUCCGAAUGCGAAUAUUACGCGUUAUAUAUAUAUAUUAUCGUAUACGUUACAUGUUUCGUUUUUAUUAAUUUUAUAUUAGCAAAGAUAUAAAAGCAUUUAAUACGUCACUACAAUUUUAUGUUACUCAAUAUUUUAUUUCAAAGAGCGCUUUAGAAUUCCUGAAUAUCAUAUGAAGUCAAUUAAUAUUAUAUUCGGACGAGUGCAGCAUUUGACAUUCAGUAUUUAUGUUGCCAGAACAAAUACAGCGUUGCAUUUAGUUUUGCCACACGAGAAAUAUAAAAAACUUGCCUAUUUUAAUACAUUUACUUAUAUGAUGGAAAAUCUAAAUCAAAAAAUAUGGUUUUCAUUCAAAAAAAUCCAUCUCUUCUACCAGAAGUAUUUCUUCUUAUAUAGAUAUAGCAACACAAAUUAAAAAAUUAUUUGUUUUGCCAGUGAUGUUUUUUCAGGAUGGCGAGUUUUUUAUAUUUGUCGUAGGGAUAUCCAUCCGAUAUAUCGUGUCGUAGGGUGUGAGGCGGGUGCUAGCGCCGUGUCGGGUGGGGUGGCGUGUUAUGUUCCUAUUUCGUUUGGGUGCUGACCCCGAUAAGUCUGAAUCCGGAUUGCGACGGUAUCGUUUUGCUCGCUAUACUAGACUAUAGUGGGCUUAAACAGCACCGAAAGUACGAAUCGAGAAGUUUCGAAAUUUAAGCCUUCACAUUAUAGUUUGUCUUAGCAUCACAGGAUAUAAAAUACAGAAAUAGAUGAUGUAAGUACGAAAUACGGAACCCUAAAAAUCGGUCAGUUCGGACGAGGUUUUGCUUCGGUUUGGUCGAGCGGUGCCAAAAGUGGGUGCCAAUGUUGGUUGUUUUAGUCACGAGCUACGUCCACACUCCCGGUAAAAAAAAAACAUAAAAUUAAAAAAAAAAAAGUGCGAAUGAACACUGGUUUCCGCUCCGCUUCGGACCAUAUCCGCGUAUAGUACGAUUUGUAAUAACAGUCAGUCAAAUUAUAGUAGUUCUGUCUCUACUAACUUACAAAGAAGGAGUAAGAUGAAAUGAAUGUUUCUGAACGUUCCGUUAUUAUCAAAAAGAUGCAAAGUCGUAUAGUAUAGUCGUUAUUGUUAUGCAAUGUUUUGUCUUCUGACAAUCAACUAUUGUAGCGUAUCAGACACUGACAAAACAGUGUUUAACUAAAACAGCUGUAUACACUGUGUAUCUUUUUAUUAAUAAGGGCCUUCUUUUUGAUCAAUUUAGUAGAUACAGUGUUGCUGUUAUUUUACCGCCUGCUAUUACAAAUCAGAGUGUAGUGUAGUGGAAACGAAAGACUGGCUAAUGUAACGGUGUGGGCUCGCGGCGGCCCGGGCUCUAGCGGGGAGGGAAGGAAUAGAGGGGGGAUUGCCAAAGGAGGAUUGCUGACAGUUGAAUUGAUGUUAGAUGACACUUUUUUUGUGAAUUUAUUGAUAUUAUUUACAUCUGAAUAUUUAUAGUAAAUGCAAUGCGAAAUGUCCAAACGGCGAAUCGAGGCACAAAACUUGAUAUACAAUGUCACGAUUUGUAUCAACUGCCUCGCUAUUUUGAUUACAGUAUUGUUUAUAAUGCCAUUAUAAAAAGCCUCGCUUGAUUAGCUUUCGCUGCAUCCAUUGAUAAAAACCCUUUUCACUGACGACGCCAAUUCAACUGUCAGCUUUAUUAUAAUUUUAUUUGCUAGUAUGUGAGUUUAGGGUCGGUAACAACUGGCUGUGCGGUACAAGUAUACAGGUAUAGGAUAUUGUUUGCUCAACGGCCCGGGCGGCGGAUGGUGCGGUGUGCCCCUAGCAUUAACACUAGGAUAACUUUAUUCCGAAAUAAGCUUGAUAGCAAAAAGAUCUUGCUCGCCGCUAGAUGGCGCCGGUAGUAUGUUGCUAAAAUAAUUGAAAUAUGAGUAUUAAAUUAUGGUCCCAGUUUUCAUGUAAGUGGGAAAGCAGAACUAGGACUGGAUCUUAAACAGUUUAAAUACUAUGGUCUGAUCACAGGAUAGAGUGAAAUUCGGCAGUUUUGCCGCAUACAUAGUAGUAACAUAGUAAUUGUAAGCGAGAUACCAACUUAUUUUCCUUGUUCGUGUGAAAAAGACAAACAUAAGGUCAGUUGUCGAAUUUCUCUUUAUCCAUUAGCUAUUAUUUUUGUAUUUAUUGCCAACAAUCUAUCGCUGGCGCUUACGGGAGCCCUGAAUAUCGAAUUGUAAACUACUACAUAACUACAUUUCUGAGUAAAGUUAUUGUAGUGUAGUGCUCUAUGUAUAUAGCUUGUAGAGUAGUGGCGUGGCGCUAUUAUGUGCUUUAUUUAUUACGUUUACAUCGUGUUUAUCGUUUAGUUACUAUUGUUAUAUUCCAACUACCAAAACGACAUCGGUAUAGGAAAACAGCGUUUAAUUUCUAUAUUAUGUUUUUGGAAUUUAAAGUAAGUGAAAUUCUGGUCUAAAAGUGCGUAAAUGUUAUUAGAAAUUAUUACUUUCGGCUUCUACACGCCUCUCCGAUACACUGUAUAAGGUACGCAGAAUGUAUAGUAAAUAUUAGGUCUAAAUUGUAACCUAUUCAAAUACUAAAACUUACCGUAGUGAUUCUUUCUUUCUACAAGGGGUCACCUGUGAUUGGAAGAUGAAACAACAUAGCUUAAACUACGUAUAAUUAUAAUACUGGCCUUGUCGAUAGCAUCUUAGUCCAAAUAUAUAGUCGACAUGUAAACAGUGUAACGACUAUAGCAAAAAAGCUAUGGAUUUUUUGCUACAACCGUUACUUACUACACCUAGCGCUGACAACAUCGAACUGCAACGAAACGUGAAAGCGGGACAGGUAGAUGCUCGUCCAUGUAGUGCGUCUCGCUCGCACGUUUUGUUGCAUCUCGAUACAUCCUAAGCAAUUGUACGUGAGUGAGCUUUAACAUAUAAUCGAAUAGGACAUAUCGGUGAAGUUAUAUACUAGUGUAUGUUAACGUUACCAGUCGGAGCCGGCUCGAGACAAUUGCUACAGCUUGACCGUAUCAUAUGUUUUGUAUUUGCUGACAUUUUGUAUAUUUACUAUCGGGGAAUUUGAUCCUUAGGCAGAUGGCGGACCUAAGUUAUUUCGUCGUGUUAUAUCAGAUCGAUGUUAGCCGUCAUCCGUCGAUAGUGUAAUACAAUCUGAUCAAAUUAAGUAGGUCCGACAUCUGCCAAUGAAACAAUUUAUCUGAUAGUCUACUAUAAUAGUCUACUGUAUACUGCUAGGCCUAUGUCUGCUAAGUGCGAGCUGUUCAUAAUAUUGUUUAUAGUGUUCAAUAAAAGACAUUCUGUUUAAUCUCCUCUCUCCAUGUUACUUUAUAAGUUUUUGUCUGAAAUGCACAUUUGGUUGGAUAUCAAUACGUUAUUGGUUUACGCAACUUUUUUGUUUUGACGUUUUAUUGUGUAUAAAAGAAUUGCAGGUACGAUUCUCCUCCUAUGUAUUGUGUAUAAAUGUAUAUAUCGUGUAUAUUAUUACAUAAUUUGGACAGCCCGCACUUAAACCUCCGCAAUAUAAUAUACCUCUGUUUCGUCCCUUCACUUUUGUUAUAUUUUAUUUUGUUGCAAAAUGGACACAUCAGUGGUGUAUAUAAUCUGACUUCUUGUUUAUCCAAAGAGCUAUGUGUUCAUUUUUUAAAUUUGUCUUUUUAUUUUGAGAUCUUUUUUUAAAUAAAAUUGUAUUAUUUAUUGGAUCCAGAAUGCAUUUACACUCGAUGUGAGUGGGGGCGGGACAUACAGACACUAUCAACUUAUUAUAUUCCCCAUAAUUAAAAAAUAAUACUUAUAUCUUUUUUGACACAACAAUAGUUGACGUUUCUUUUUUUUCUGUUAAACUCGGUGAGGCCAAAUGUCUGUAUGUCCCGCAGCCAACGUCAGUCCAGUAGUCACCUCGCCCGCUGCGGCGUCGAGUGCUGUUGCAUACUUUACUGAAAUGUCAAUAAAAUGGUAUUUUAAAACGCUCAAA